AUGGCCAGCGGAAGCGGACUUCCGAACGAACCCAUAUACACGCUCGAGACGACCUUUGACAGCAGCGCGGUAGUCCGUAAAGCCCUGGCGAGAGGAUUUAGCCGCGACGAGGCCGAGUUCAUCGCGAGCAUCGCCUUGCAGCAGGUACGCGAGCUCUCGGCGAAGAAAUCUGACGGAUCGACCGUCAGCAGUAUCGAGAUCGCCGAGGCCAUCCGGCAGUAUGCCAUUGAUGAGGUGGACAAGGAGAAGGCCAAGGACAAGUCAGAACAGCAGGCCGCUGCGAGAGGCCAAUACGUGGACGCCAUCGAAGAGCCGGACCAGAAUGAGAAUGGAGACGGCGAGUCCGAAAAGCGGAAGGUGUGUAGGGCUCUGACGGAUCACGACGACAUGAGACGCCAGAGCAAACGCUACAAGUUCGCAGGAGGCUCCCGCCUAGCCGAACACUUCCACCCGAACGGCGGAUUCCCCUACGACCUCGGCGGUGGCAUUGACAAGCUGCGGCUGCGCAUCCACCAUGGUCACGUCGACCUCAUAACGGCUCUGUGCCGCCACCUCGAGCUCGCCGUCGAGCUUGCCAAGCAUAUGCGACCCGAGGACAUCCUCAAGAUGUACAGCAUCAGCCGCGCCUUUCAUGAUGCGCUCGACAGCCACCUGCUCUCCUCGGUGCGCCAGAUCAUCGCCUAUCGCGCACCGGAGGCCGGUCGAGUCUUUUCUUUCAAGAUGUAUAGGAGCCUGCUUGUCCAGGACCCUGUCGGCCGCCGCUGGGCCGAUCAGAUGACCGACGCCGACGCCCGCCUCUACGAUUCGACGGCGAAACAGGUCCGCACCAUCCCCGGCCUGCGCUACCUCCAGCUAGUCCUCACCCGGGACCGCUGCUGCCGUGAGAUCCUCGCUCUGCUGGCCCGGCACGGCCACCGCACGCCCCCAGGCACCUACGGCACGCUGCUGCGUAUCUGGCUCGUCAUGGACGUCCCAACGUCCAUGCAGCGCAAGGCCCUCAUGCGCAACCGCAAGCUCUGGACCGAUAUCGACCUCUACAACGGCCAGCUCUUCGUCCUCAAGCUGGCCAUGCACUUCAAUGACCCCGUCUUGGGCAUGCCCACCGUGGAGAUCCCCCGGGUUAUCCUGGGCCAGAGGGGCCUCUACUUCCUCUGGCAGGUCCUCGUCCAAAAGCGCUUCACAACGCCUCUCGAGAUCAUCCAGUCCAAGGUCCGCUACGACUUCGUCGCGCCGGCUUCUUGGAAUGCUCAGGGGCUCUUCAACCAGCACGUCUACGGCGUGCCAUUUGACGAGGUAGGCCUAGGCCAGCUCGAGGCCUGGGGUCAGGGCGAAUGUCACCUCAUGCGCAUCGACGAGCUCAUCCCCCUCGAAGCCAUUGUCCGGGGCGUCGAGCUUGAUCGGCACCUCGUCCACAUGAUGACCUGGGGCUACUUCCACCACGACACCGGCGCCAACAUCGUGCCAUCCGAGGACGAGAUGUACGUUUCAGACGAGGAAAUGACCCUCGGUCACAUGGACACUUCCAAGAUGUGGCAGCCCAAGCACGCGCGCAAGAACCGCUGGCACACCCUCAACGAUGCCCAAAAGCAGGAGAUCCUCGAUGAUGACGAUGACGAGCGCCUUUGCAUCCUCGCCUGGGCCGAGCAGAACCCCGACCGCAUCGUUGACAUGUCUGGUGGCGUCCCCGAAGACGCCGCGCCUUCGCUUGAAGACGAGAUAAACCGCGGCUUCUUCGUCCGUCGUCCGCCCAAGCACCGUGCUGCCCAGCAGCAGCAGCAGACGCAACAACCACCCGCUGCCGACGACGCACAGGGCUGGGCCGAAUUCAGCCACCGCGUGCGCGUCGGUCUGCCCAAGGAUCUCAGCGGCGACUCCCUGCUGCCCCAACAGGCCGAUCAACCGUGCCCGCAGGAUGAACAUGACUGGGACUGGGCUGCAUGGUUGGCACAGGAGCAGAGCGAUAAAGACGCAGUCGCAGCGCACCCGGUGCUGUCAACAUCCCAGUUCGGCAACGGGAGCCGGGUCGAUGGCGAAGAGGAUGUGUUUUCGAGGGACAUGGACGUGGGAGGGGAUAAUGGAGAGAAUGAAGGGGAGAGUGCCGAUGACGGUGACGAAGUGGUUGAUGAUGAGUUACAAUUGUGGGACGAGGAAGAUAUGGAAAUUUUUAUCGAAAACUUCUUUGCUCACGUUCACAUGGAGGGGGUUGAGCAUCAAUAG